AUGAAAAAAGAUACCCCAUACAAAGUGUCGCUUCUUGCAUAUGUUCGGAGUCAUCUGCUGCUCCUGUUGGUUGCAUUGGUUGUUUCUGUCGUCCUAGGAGAUCCCUCUUACCAGGAACAGUUCUCUUUUGUUUCACACCGGUUGUUGCAAACCACUAUUAAUAACAGCAACGGGUUGGCCGGCUUUCGUACUUGUGACGGAUGCUUUUGCAUCGUCGAGAACGAAGGGGAAAUGUGCCCAAUAGAUCCGCCUUUCACGAAUUUUACCUCGAUUAUUCCCACUUUGCGAAAUUUGACCUUGUCCAAUCCCAUUGGACCGGAUGCGGCCUGCAAUCCCUAUACGAAUGAAACGUGUGCGCUGACACCGUCGCAAAAUCUUGGAGGGGGCGCUUGCGUCGUUGAAAUGCAGGAGCCGUUGACGGACUUUUCUUCGUGUCCGGAAUCUUGGUCCUACCACUUGCGCACCUUUUCGGGUACCUUCGAAGAAGCAACGCAACAGCGUUUGUUCGUCACGCACAACGGAAGCUGUGGUGCCUGCUCCAGUUUACAAGAUUUGGCCGUGUAUAUGGAACAGGGCGCUAACCUUCGGGAGGCAAGCUCCCGCUGCGGUGCUCUUGGUCUGAUCGACGCGGAUCGGGCAAUUCAGUGUUUCGAAGAGAUCGGUUUCUCCACAGAAUGGGCGACAAUUUGGUACUUCAACACCGAGAAAACGGCCGAAGCCUGUAUUCUACUGUGUGCGCCUUUUGUCUUGUCGGGCAACUCGCCAAAUGGAGAUCCACCCACCUGCCCGUUAGCGCCCUGCAUCGAUUGCGACGAAACCCAGGCGGGUCCCAUCUUUCGAGCGUUCGCCGGUCGAACGCGGCGGAACUCUGGGCUUCUUUCGGACAUUAUUCGGCCUUGCGAUCAAGUUGUUCGUGUGGAACAGGUCGAUCCGUGUGCUCGUGCGACGCUUGCACCGAGCAUGGCACCAGCCACGACUCCCCCGUCUUCCUCCAUUAGGUGGGGGUUUCCGGUACGAGGAGCCAUAUGUACGGCGGUGCUACUAUCCCUACACUGA